AUGAUAAGUAUGGAUACUUUGCUCAAAACACCAAAUAAGCUUCAAUUUUUGCAUCCACUUCAUGGCUAUUCUGAAAAAUUGGCUUCUUUUAAGUUGCAAAACCACGAAGUUAGAUUUGGUUUCAAGAAAAAACCUAUUUUGAGGGCUAGUAGCAGUGCCCUUUUGGAGCUUGUUCCUGAAUUUAAGAAAGAGAAUUUGGAUUUUGAACUUCCUUUGUUUGAUUCAACAAAGGGAACUGUUGUGGAUCUUGCUGUUGUUGGAGGUGGUCCUGCGGGGCUUGCGGUAGCACAGCAGGUUUCGGAAGCUGGGCUUUCAGUUUGUGCUAUUGAUCCGAAUCCUAGAUUGAUUUGGCCGAAUAAUUAUGGUGUUUGGGUGGAUGAGUUUGAAGCGAUGGAUUUACUUGAUUGCCUUGAUAAGACUUGGUCUGGUGCGGUUGUUUAUAUCGAUAAUAAAACUAAGAAGGAUUUGGAUAGACCUUACGGUAGGGUUAAUAGGAAGCUUUUGAAAUCGAAGAUGUUACAGAAAUGUAUAUCGAAUGGUGUGAAGUUUCACCAAGCGAAAGUUGUGAAGGUUGUUCAUGAGGAAUCUAAAUCGUUGCUGAUUUGUAACGACGGUGUCACGGUUCAGGCUACUGUGGUUCUUGAUGCUACUGGCUUUUCAAGAUGUCUUGUACAGUACGAUAAACCGUAUAAUCCAGGCUACCAAGUUGCGUACGGAAUUUUGGCUGAGGUUGAUGAACAUCCGUUUGAUGUUGAUAAAAUGCUUUUUAUGGACUGGAGAGAUUCGCAUUUGGAUGGUAACAUGGAGCUCAAGGAGAGAAAUAGUAAAAUACCUACCUUUUUAUACGCAAUGCCCUUUUCGUCCACAAAGAUAUUUCUCGAAGAAACAUCUCUUGUUGCGCGGCCUGGGUUAAGGAUGGAAGAUAUACAAGAAAGAAUGGUUGCUAGGUUGAAACACUUGGGUAUCAAUGUGAAAAGCAUUGAAGAAGAUGAACAUUGUGUGAUUCCCAUGGGCGGUCCUCUCCCGGUUCUCCCUCAAAGAGUUGUUGGAAUUGGCGGUACGGCCGGGAUGGUGCAUCCUUCAACUGGUUACAUGGUAGCAAAGACCCUUGCUGCAGCUCCUAUUGUUGCCAAUGCUAUUGUUCAGUAUCUUGGUUCUGAUAGAGGUCUUUUAGGAAACGAAGUAUCUGCGCAAGUAUGGAAAGACUUAUGGCCGAUCCAAAAGAGACGACAAAGGGAGUUCUUCUGUUUUGGUAUGGACAUCUUACUCAAGCUUGAUUUACCGGGAACAAGGAGAUUUUUCGAUGCGUUUUUUAAUCUGGAACCUCAUUAUUGGCAUGGAUUCUUAUCCUCGAGACUGUAUCUUCCUGAGCUGUUUCUUUUUGGACUGUCUCUAUUUUCUUAUGCUUCAAAUACAUCUAGGGUAGAGAUUAUGGCAAAGGGAACUCUUCCUUUAGUAAAUAUGGUCAACAACUUGAUAAAAGAUAAAGAAUAA